CUCCGGCAGCAGCGGAAGAGACGGCGGCGGCGGCGGCGGCGGCGGCGGCGGCGGCGGCUCCCGAGGCUGGUCAGGAAUCAGGGCAGUCCAGAGUGCCCGGCCCGGCCCGGCCCCUGCGCGCUCAGCUCCGAAGAGUUCCCUAGAACCUUCAACCAUGGCAGAGUACGGGACCCUCCUACAGGACCUGACUGACAACAUCACCCAUGAGGACCUGGAACAGCUUAAGUCUGCCUGCAAAGAAGAUAUCCCAAGUGAGAAGAGUGAGGAGAUCACUACUGGGAGUGCCUGGUUUCACUUCCUCGAGACCCACAAUAAGCUGGACAAAGAUAACCUGUCCUACAUAGAGCACAUCUUUGAGAUUUCAAGGCGACCAGACCUGCUCACCAUGGUGGUUGACUACAGGACCCGUGUGCUAAAGAUCUCUGAGGAGGAUGAGCUGGACACCAAACUGACCCGCAUUCCUAGUGCCAAGAAGUACAAAGACAUCAUCCGGCAGCCCUCAGAGGAAGAAAUCAUCAAGCUGGCCCCCCCGCCAAAGAAGGCUUGAAGGAGGAGGAGGAAGAGGAGGAAGGUUGGACCUUCAAUGGACCACCCCCAUCCUCCUGGGGAGGGGGCAGGGGCAAGCACUACACCACCACCCCCUACCCUACCUAUUCACUAACCUGGUCUUAACCACUCCCAAUUGUGUGUGUGCGUGUGUGUGCGCACGCUCUGGCUGUCUGUCUGUCCGUCUAGCUCGCCUAGUCCCCCCUGGGUGGAUGGGGGGGCAGGGUAUGGGGUCUUAGUCCCCCCACUCUAGGGGGAGGUGGGGGCUAUUUCUAUGCAAAUAGAAAUCAGCACAUUCCCCCUGCAUCUCCCACUUCCACUCCCUUACCUCCUUAUGCCCCCCACAAAAAGUCUAGGAGCAGAGAGGGGUUGAUUUUUCCCAAUGAAAUGAGGAAAGAUGGGGAUGAGGAAAACUAAGAAUGUUGAGGGGUUGAGAAGGGCCCAUUCAGGGGUGAGAAGAGAGAAGACAUAAGGAAAGAGUAAAGUAGUAGUUCUAGGCCAAUGUGGCCCAGGAGUGGACCUGAGCUCCCCACUUGGGGGAGGCUCAGUGAGGUCGAGAUUCAUGCACUGCAGUUGAGCUAUAGGGCAGAUCCCCUCUAUGCCCUCUCUCCAUUCUCUAACAGAAUGGAAGGGCAUGAAUAAACAAACCCCUUUUCACUUUUCUCUAACCCAUUUGAGAUGGGUAUAAGAAGCUCUCUAAAGUUGAAGCCCCUGUUUGCUUUCCAUUCUAGAAAGGCAGAGGAAGUGGGAGGCCAAAGCUGAGGGAGGAUGGCAGGGGGCAGGGGUCCCUCCCUUGCUCCUCCAUUCCUCUUUGUUGACUGUUUCACAGUAAUACCCUGAGCCUGAGGAAGACUGGAGGGCUAUCCUCAAUCAGUCGUCCCCCAAGAGAAACACUCCAGCCCUGAGCCUGAGGGACUGGACCUACGGGUCCCAAUUCCAAUCCAACCCCACCAUUGGCUAAUGGGGAAUUGCCCCUAUUUCUUCAAACUUGGAAUGCCCCCAGACAAUAGAGAAGGGGAGGGGGAAACUACAGUAUUUUCUUUUGCACUAAUUCUGCACCCCUAGGCAAGAGACCUGGCUCAGUCUGGGAGGGAGAGCACUGAUAUCACUCCUCCACUUGGCCCCAUUUCCUGGCCCCUUGGGUUUAUGGCCAUUUCCUAGCCAAACCAUUAAGGAGUAUUGACCCCAGCCUAUGGACCCCAAGAUGCCCCUCUCUACCCUGACCGUGCUAACUGUGUGUACAUAUAUAUUCUACAUAUAUGUAUAUUAAACCCGCACUGCCAUGUUUGCCCUUUUGUGGUUUCUAGUGUUAACUUAUUGUUUAGAUCAGACCAGAGAGCUUGGGGAAAGGGAGUGGGGUGGGGGAUGGGGUUGCACAUAGACAAAACAGAAGAAAAGGCAAAUUCUAAAAAAAAAAAAAGAAAAUCAUAUUCAAGCCUAGAGUUGAUUUAGAGUAAGUUUUUGUGUCUGUUGCUUCUAGGGAGGAAGUAAGAGUAGAAAGUAAGUGAGAGGAAUAAGCCAGCUAUUUGGAAGAGGGAAGAAGCCAGAGGGCUAGAGGUUACCCAUUACCCCAAAUACCCCAACCUCUAUACCCACUGCCCCCAUCCUGCCACUGCUGCAGACACCUGCCUUAACAAACACCUCUACACACUCCGCGGUUUUGCCUUAAGGACCUUCCUAAGACCCCUUAGUCCUGUCUGGCUUUUCCCUAGGAGUUAAGGGGACACUGGCUCCUUUUCCCCAAAGCAAACAGGAGAUUGGUGGGACUGGGAAGAGAAAUGAGCUCUUACUUCCUAUGUUAGGGGGUACAUAAUUGUUGGGGUAAGAGGGGUGCCACCCCCGCCCUUAGCUGGGAGGGAACGAAGGCAGGGUCACCUUAGUUUCAAAAUUCCCUGUCCCUUGGUUUCUCUUAAGACAGAUUUAAAAAAAAAUACUAACUUACCCUCCCACUAUCCUGCACUGCAGUUGAGAGUCACCCCCUUUCCCUGUGCCCCUCUGUCUGUGGUGUGCACGGCCUUGUUCUAACCCUGGAAUAAAGGUGAUUGUACUGAAUACAA